AUGAGCGCAACUCCUCGCUUGCGGUCUGGGUUUCCAGCAACACCAGCUUCCGUUGCACGACGACAAACUCCCCAAGAGACGCCAUCCACAGUCGCCAGUGUUUCGUCGAAUGGCACCGCUACCAAAUCACCCACGCUCCCUCUCGCCCCCGAAAACACCGCCGCGCGCCGAGUUACGAGCGACCCUCUCAUUCCCGUCACCUUACUCGAUGCUCCGAGGCAACGGUUGUAUGCCCUCGCUGUAUACGUCUUGCUGUGGGCUUGGAAGCUCUACGACUGGCUUCAGGUCAUAGAAGAUGGCGACUCGUCUUGGUGGCUGUUUGUCAAGUGGAUUUUCAUCGACUUUGCUUUCCUCUUUGGAUUGCCCGAGCUCAGGAUACCGUGGCUUGAGCUCUCGCAAUUCCUAGUCACCACCCUCUUUGCCGGACAUGUCGUCUUGAAUUACAUGUUGAUGUUCAACAUUCCUCUACCAUGGCAAGCCUGGCUCCUUGGAUUUGCAAAGGUCCUUUACGACCGCGAAGUCUCCAUUUCCGAGCACAACGUAAAGAUGUCGAGCAUUUUGAAUAACCACUCGUUAAUCAUGGGCAAACAAAUCAUCAACAUCCUCCCCGAAGGCUCUGCUGUAUUGAAUCCCGACAUGCUGCCUUACUGCCUAAACCGCAAGGACAAAAUUGGCGCCUCGCUACCGAUUUACUUCAACGCAACCGUGCCCGCCGAGAUAGAGUUGAUUCGUCUCGACCUCGAUACGAACAAGGAGGAAACAAUCAAGAUCCCCUCUCGCGAGGUGAACAAGGUUGCCAGGGCCAUCCGUGAUCACAAUGCUGACCCAGGUGCCGACGGCUUCAGCUGGCUUUAUGUCGUCAAGAAACCUGGUGUCUAUCGGCUGGGUACAGUGUUGGACCAGUACAAGCUCGAGGUUCAGCGCGCCGUCAAGGAAACUUACGUUGUUCCCUGCCCACAGGCCAAGAUUCGAGCCCCCGAAUCUUCCCAGCGGUGCAUUCGCGAUCUGUCGGACCUAUCCCUUGAAGUUGUGGGCACUCCGCCCCUCAAGAUUAAAUACAGUCGUUCUGUCAACGGUAUAAACCACGACUUUCGAUUCCAAAGCCUGCAGCCGGAUGGCUUUGCGUCACCUCUCAUUACUGGCGCCAAGGCCGCAACUGUCUCUGCUGCUGAUGACUUUUCGUGGGCACGCCCUGCCACGGUCACAGUCGGCCUCAACGAGUCUCUGACUACUCCCGGGGAAUGGGAGUAUUCAGUUGACGAAGUCCAUGACGCAUUUGGAAACGAGGUCAAGUACGCCAAGGAAGGCGAGGACGCCGAUGCCGCCGUCUCAAAGAGCUUGACUCAAAAGUUCACAGUCAGAGAGCGGCCGAAAAUCCGUAUGGAUGGUUGUGACCUUCGAAAGCCAAUCAAGGUAGCCAAAGGUCGUGCUACCUCACUGCCUGUUGCUUUUAGCCGCUCUGGCGCCAUCAAGGACACGUCGCACCAAGUCAGCUGGGUCUUUUCCCCCAUCGACACCUUGACUAACAGCGGGGAUCAUGGCAGCGAGGCUACGAUUUUCCUCCAUUCAGCCAAAAAUUCCAGGGACCGCCCCUUGAUAUCCGAAGCUGGACUCUACACACUCAAGUCGGUUACUAGUGGCUCUUGCGAAGGCGAAGUAGACGAGCCUUCGUCCUGUUUGCUGCUCAAUCCCCUUGAGCCGCAUCUAUCCAUUCGUUCCGAAGACAUUCCCGAUAAGUGCGCCGGCAACUCCAUUGGCCUUCGUGUCGAUAUUGACCUUGUGGGGACUCCUCCGUUUGACAUCCACUACGACAUCAUCUCGGACGGGCCUCCCGAACACAGGACCCUGCGUGUGCCUGGUUUGCGCUCACAACUUGAGCUUAUCCCUAAGAAGGCUGGCCGGCAUAGGUAUGUGUUCACGUCCAUAAGUGACGCCGUGUACAUUGACCUGCCCUUGUCGGGUCAAGACAUGACGUUGGAGCAAGUCGUCAAGCCAGCCGCCUCGGCCCGGAUUGUCCACCCACGCGAUACGAUAAAUGCUUGCCUGGAUUCUGAAGUCGAGGUCGAUGUUUCUCUCAACGGUGAUGCCCCUUUCAGCCUGGAAUGGGAAGUCAUCCACGAUGGCAAGCGAAAAACAGAACAAGCAAGCAAUCUGAAAGAUAACAUGUUGACAAUCAAGACGCCGGUGCUUGCGAAGGGCGGAGAUUAUAUUCUCGCUCUUAGUAGUGUGCAGGAUAAACGUGGAUGCCGUACCUUUUUGCAAGACCAAAUGAAAAUUACCGUCCGACGUCAACGGCCACGCGGAGGGUUUGGCUUGAUAGAGCAGAAGAGCGCCAUCAUGGCUGUUGAAGACACAUCCUUGCAACUUCCGUUACGACUUCAAGGCGAGUCCCCUUGGACAAUCCGAUAUCGCAAUUUGAAUGAAUCUGGAAGUGAACUCUUCAAGACUGCCCUUGCACCGAACGAUCACCUUGAAGUCAAGUCUCGAGGCGUGUACAAAAUCCUCGAGGUGCAUGAUAGUCAGUGUCCGGGCACUGUCGACAAGACCGCCUCUACAUUUCAGGUGGACUGGUUUCCUAGACCGGAAAUCUCACUUAUUCAAACUGAGAGCAUCAAGAACCUCAAGGACGCAUUCGUCAAGCAGGAUGUCUGCGAGGGUGAUAUCGAUGGAUUCGAGGUCAAUUUGCAAGGUUCACCACCAUAUCAUGUGUCGUACGAAUUGGAGCACAGAUCUUCCCAGGGCGCCUACUCUAAAAGCCCCAGGAGUUUUGACGCCGCACUGUCCAAGGCGUCGAUAUCCAUGGACACUAGCAAGGCCGGAGACUACGCGUACAAGUUUGUCGGGCUAGCAGACAAUCUUUAUAACAGUGACAAGAAGCUGCGCCCACUCGUGGUACAGCAGCGUGUCAACGCCAAGCCAACGGCGGUUUUCUCCAAACCUGGGCAGUCCUUCAAGUACUGCGUGGAGGAACAGGAGCACGAAGAUCAAAUCCCCAUUUCAUUGACUGGUGUCCCUCCAUUCUCCGUUGAGGUGGAAAUUAAGCAUCAGUCCGGAUCCGCGUCAGACACGUACCGAGUCUCCUCCAUCAACUCCAACUCAUACUCGAUGCCUAUUCCACGAGAGCACCUACGACUUGGGGCGCAGCAACUACGCAUAAGGCGCGUUCGAGAUGCCAAAGGAUGCCAGCAAAGAUACGAUGUCAACGGACCAUCGAUUCAGGUCCAGCUUUUCGAUGCCCCUUCCAUCUAUCCCCUCGAGUCUCGCGAAGACUUUUGUGUUGGUGAACGAAUCGCAUACACACUCUCAGGAACGCCGCCGUUCGAUAUCGCCUAUGACUUCAACGGCCGCUGGAACGCCAAAUCACAGACCACCAACUUCCGCCGCGUGGCAGAGAAACCCGGCGAUUUCACCAUUACCAGCAUUUCAGACAAGGCUAGCGAGUGUCGUGCAGCAGUCAACUUGCACAAGAAGAUCCAUCCUCUGCCCAGCGUUCAGAUCAGCCGUGGAAAGCAAUCUCGCGUUGAUAUCCACGAGGGGAACGAAGUCGACAUUUUGUUUGAAUUUUGGGGGACGCCGCCCUUCGAGUUCACGUACACGAGAAGUACCAACGCUAAAAAGGGACACAGAAGUGUUGUGCUGGACAGACGACAUGACGUCUCGUACGAGCACAGCAAGGUCAUCAAAGCCAGCCAGGAGGGCACGUACGAAGUGGUGGCCAUCAAAGACAAGUACUGCUCAUUCUCGACGGAGCAGGUUUCUGACAAGAAAGACGGGCGAUGA